UUUUAGAAUGCUUGGCUUACUACUGGGCCUAGCGGCCUUGCUGUGCACUUCUGUGCAUGCAGAUCUGUUCACUUCCGUAGCCGACAUGGAGCAGUUAAUAGAUCCGAAAAAGAACAUCCCAACAAUGCUCUAUAAGUACAUAAAUGUUGAACAGGAACGACUUGAGCAGCUCAGAGGAUUAGCGCAGGAGUAUGAGAAACGAUAUUCGAAUAUUGUCGACGACAUCACUGACAUCGAAAAUCCUAUCAACGCUUUCCUGCUCAUCAAGAAAAAGAUGUACGAUUGGGCUCGAAUCGAACGGAGAAUGCAGUUAAGCAAGCACGAUUCAUUCAUCGAACGCGUCAGCCACGCAAACAAUGGAGUUCGUAUUCCGACUGAGGAAGAUUUGAUCGGAGCUGCCAUUGGCCUUCUUCGUCUACAAGACACUUAUCGACUAGAUACCAGAGAUCUGGCCAAUGGUCGAAUUCUUGAGGUUCAAGGAAACUAUACGCUUAACGCUGGCGACUGUUUCGACAUUGCUCGAGCUGCUUAUAAUGAUGAAGAUCACUAUCAUGUCAUUAUGUGGAUGGAAGAGGCUAGAAGACGUUUGUAUCACGAAACUGUGAAAACCGCCGAUUUGGAACAGAUCAUGGAGUUCAUGUCCUACUCUCUGUACAAACAAGGAAAUCUUAAACAUGCACUUCAAAUGGUCGAGGAGCUUUAUCAAAUAAAUCCCAAUCAUCCACGUGCUAAAGGCAACAUCAAAUGGUAUGAGGGUUUGCUAAGAGAAGAAGGAGUAAAGAAAGCUGACAUGAGAAGAUCGCUGGGUCGCGUAAAGAACGAACGUCCAGAUAGCGCAUUGGGUAAUAAGGAAAGAGCAAUGUGCGAAGCACUGUGCAGAGCUGAAGUGCCAGUGAGUGAAAAGGACAUUGCAAAGCUUUACUGCUACUUGAAGAGAGACAGACCAUACCUGGUUUAUGCUCCUAUUAAGGUGGAGAUCAAGAGGUUUAAUCCAUUAGCUGUGCUGUUCAAGCAGGUGAUGAGCGAUGAUGAGAUUGCGAUCAUUGAGCAGCUCUCCUUACCCAAGCUAAAUCGAGCUACUGUUCACGAUUCGAUAACUGGAGAACUCGUCCAUGCAACUUAUCGAAUUAGUAAAAGCGCGUGGUUGAAGCCAUGGGAGCACGAAGUAGUGGAACGAAUUAACAAACGUAUUGACAUGAUGACAAAUUUGGAAAUGGACACGGCUGAAGAGUUGCAGGUCCAAAAUUACGGAGUUGGUGGUCACUACGAUCCACACUUCGAUCAUGCGCGAAGAGAAGAAACCGAAUCAUUCAAAGCGCUCGGAACUGGCAACAGGGUGGCCACUGUGUUGUUUUACAUGACUGAACCCACCUAUGGAGGUGGAACGGUAUUUACCGAAGUAAUGUCAUCUGUAAUGCCAACAAAGAACGAUGCACUUUUCUGGUAUAACCUACAUAAGUACGGUGAUGGAAAUGUUCUGACACGUCAUGCUGCGUGCCCAGUUUUAUUGGGACAAAAAUGGGUAACAAACAAAUGGAUUCAUGAACGAGGAAACGAGUUCCGACGUCCCUGCGGUUUGAAGAUGUCCGAUGGAGAAAGAUUCAUCGGCGAUCUUGGCUUCGGUCCAACGCCAAGAAAUCAUCCGAAUCUCAGUCCAAUACUAUCCAAGGACGUAUUUCACACUAUUUAAUCGCCAUCCCUGAUACACUCUAGGACCAUGCGUUUAGGCCCAUUGCCGUGACCUUUGGGUACAGGUGCCUUUACUUGAAUUUUUGAUUGGGUAAGGAAGUCCCUCGACAGGGUACAGAGUGGUGGUGCCCAUUGUUUGGGUGAGAGGAAACCUAUAUCACUCAAAUAACGUUAAUUGUAACACUGCCAAUGGGAAAACAUCACGGUAAGCUCCUCCUAUGUGUCAAUGUGCUUGCCUCCUGAAUUUUCCGUGCCAGCGCCGUUCCAGGGCUGUUCCAACUCAGCUCCAGCGCCGUUUUAACGCCGUUUCAAAGCUGUGCUAUCCAUUGCAAAACUUUAACAAAUGAAAGCGUCCACGUGGACUCUGGCACUGCACUGGAACGGCGCUGGCACGGUGCCGGCACGCGACUCUGGACACUGUAUAAUUGGGUGUUGUGAAGGUGUGCAGAGAUGACCUAGGGUCCGAGAGCACCACCGCUCUUCACUGCUGAGAGCAGAGAAAAUGAGAAAAUCGUUGUUGUUCGUAAAAGAACACCUGUGCCAUGACAUCCGCAUCAGAAGGUCGCCUUCUAAUGUCGAGGUCGCGUCAUUGGUCCUAGCCCGAGUUCCUGAGUGUCCGACGUUGUUUCUGUUUUUUUUUUGUUUAUAGUGCGGUAUUAUCGGGUGGUGACUACUUGUUUUUCCAAAUGCCUUGCCAAUUUCAGCUUUCCAAACUACUUAUUUUCCCGGUUCUUACGACAAUUCAAAAUCUUCUGACCAGCUCUUUCUUCUUCUAAUUUAUUGAUCCCCCAGACUUACGAAGUUUUCUGCUUAUAACUGCUACAGUUGCGAACCUUGCCUGUCGAUUACCGUAAUUUAUUUGCUACGAAGCAUUUAUAACUGGGUUGGGUACUGAGAAAUAAAUGCGACAACCCGGUUACAGUACCCGCGAACCCGAAAAUUUACCCACUGCUGUUGUUUUCAUUACUAAUCGCAUAAUCGAAGCUGUUUCGAACACUUUGUUGCUUUGAAUAAUGUUGUAAUGUUGAUGUUUGAUAUACUCAAACAUUUGAAGUCAUUACACGUUGUAGAAAAACUGUUAUUUUAGUUUUGGGUCAGGGCUGGCCAAAGACUGCCGUAGCCCGAAACUUAGGUCGCUGUCCGCCAACUUUUUUUCACAAAUCACACAGACAAUGGC